AUGUUGCCCACGGUGCUCUACUCUGCCUUUGCGAGUAGCUGUGUAAUGAUGAUGUGGCUGCCCAGCAGUAGAGCAUUCUCCCGUCGAGAGGCAAUUGGCAGAAUCCGGUCUCGUCUGUUUCAGUCGAGCAGCAGCAGCAGCGUCAAUUCCUUUUCCUUGGCAUCUCGCCUAGAUGGACUCGACAAACCGACCGUGUGGCACGAAUUCACGCCAUUGGCCAUUGAACACAAUGCCGUCAAUUUGGGACAGGGCUUUCCAGACUGGGAUCCACCGGCAUUUGCAGUGGAAGCCAUGCGACGUGCCACGGAUCCAUCGUUGGGUCGUCAUGCCAAUCAAUACGCGCGAAGUUAUGCCCAUUUGCCAUUGGCACAAGUCUUGGCGGAAGACUACAGUCAACGCUUUGGCCGUGACAUUAAUCCAGAGACACAAAUUGCCACGGCAGUGGGCUGUACCAAUGCUCUCUACUGUUCCUUGCAAGGACUCGUCAAUCCAGGAGAUGAAGUGCUGCUGCUCGAACCUGCCUUUGAUAUAUACAUGUCCUCCGUCCAAAUGGCUGGAGGAGUUCCCGUUUAUUGCCCCCUACGACCAUCCACGGACGACGAAAGCACCAUGAAGAGUGCCUCUCUGCAUUUUACAUUGGAUUUGGACGAACUGGAAGCCAAAUUGACCAGCAAAACCAAAGUGCUGCUCUUGAAUACACCUCACAAUCCAACCGGAAAAAUGUUCUCUCGAACCGAACUAGAAGGAAUUUCCAAAUUGCUGGAAAAGUAUCCUCACGUGACGGUGCUUUCCGAUGAAGUCUACGAACACAUUGUCUUUGAUACAGAGACCGAACCGCACAUUUCUCCUGCCACAAUUGAUGGCUUGUGGGAGAAAACGUUGACAUUGAGUAGUUCUGGCAAAACGUUUUCCUGUACGGGAUGGAAAGUGGGCUGGGCAGUCGGCCCCCCUCAUUUGGUCAAGGCACUCAGUGCCGUACAACAAUGGGUCAACUUUUCCGCACCCACUCCCAAUCAAGAUGCCAUUGCUCAGUCGCUCCUCAUUGCCAAACAAGAAGCGUACGAGGGAUAUCCAUCCUUUUACGACUAUUUGGCCGCCGAUUACAAGAGAAAACGCGGAUUGCUGACCGACGCACUGCAAUCGGCCGGAAUGACUCCCGUGAUCCCACCCGGUGGUUUCUUCAUCAUGGCGGAUACAUCGCACAUUAGUGAUUUUGACUAUGAUCCUACCCAGGUGACCCCGGCAACUCCCACAUCCACCAUGCCACGCGAUUGGGCUCUCAGUCGGUGGUUGACCCAAACGGUCGGAGUUACCGCCAUUCCACCCAGUGCCUUUUAUUCCGAACCCAAUGUCCCGUUGGCGAAAAACUUGUUGCGAUUUGCAUUCUGCAAGGGCGAUGACACCAUAUUGGAAGCGCACAAGAGAUUGGAAGCCUAUUUUGGAAAAACUAGCUAG